CGCAAUUUCUACGCCUUUAUUCGGUAUCGAUAACGAUCAGGGGCGUUGCACUGCAGAUUCAAUUACUCAGAGGAAGCGAUAAUCGGCGACAAUGAUAUACGUAAACAGAACUUCCGGCGGAGUCAUCGUUUGAAAUUCUCACAGCGACGAGAGGGACAGGCGCAGUAUUCUGCAUGCAAAAAUAAAUACAUCGAUCGAAACUGCGUAGACUCGUCAAGAGCAUGAUAUCAAAGGCUGGAAGAACUGAAUCUUGGCUGCGGCAGGAUAAAAAAAGGAACAUCAUGUGGAAAAGGUGAAGAAAGAUGAGUUUGCACAAGGAUCUCGUCAAUAUGAAGAAUGAAUCAAUUGUUUUGUUAAUAAGAAGAAUGGAGUUCAUUGCGAAGCCUACAAAUACUGGAUAUUCUUUGCGGUCACAAAAUCACUGUUUUAGGUGUGAAUUUAAUGUGCGUUUCAAGUGUUAUCUGUCACUUAGAGCCAUUCCUUUGCGACAAGUUGAAGAGGACCAUCGAAAUGGCACGAAUGAAAAUCAAUUCUCAACAAUUACCCGUCAAGGCUCAUUUUUUUUUCUUCAUGGCAGCGAUGGGUCCCAUAUUACCAUUUUUGCCAGUAUAUGGGAAGCAAAUAGGCAUCUCGCCGAUGGUCAUGGGCAGUAUCACUGCAAUACUGCCGAUCAUGUUUCUGAUCGCAAAGCCAGCCUUCGGGCUGCUGGUAGACCACUUUCGUGAUUGGAGGAAGUCGCUCUUCAUCGGCUUGCUGGCUGUUACUAGUUGCUGCUACGUCCUUAUGUAUUUCCUGCCAGUUGUGCCAUUGCCCUUGCUUCCGCAAAGGGAAUUCAAGAACGUCUCCUGUCUGGACCUCGAAGUCUGCACCCCUCGGAACGUCACCGGGAAGGAAUCCUGCUUCCUGAGGAACAAUGUGACUUGCUGGUGGAAUUGUCAAGGAAGGUCAAGAAGCUUUGAGACCACUUAUUAUCGUGGCCAACAAGAGUUCUCCCCGAACACCACUUGCCUUCAAAAUAAUGCCACUUGUACAUCGGGUGCCACCUGCGAUGUCAUUUGCAAUGACUUUACGGAGAUCUGCACCUAUAUGUCCUCAACUUUCUGGGGAUUCAUUCUUCUUAUGUCCUUGGGCAACAUUGGCUUCAAUGUGGCCAACUGCAUCAGCGAUGCAAUAUGCUUCGAUGUUCUCGGAGAAGGUGGGCAAAUGGGAUACGGCAGACAGCGAGUAUGGGGAACGAUUGGCUUCGGAAUAACUGCAUUUCUGGCUGGCUAUUCCAUUGAUUACGUGUCCCAAGGGGAGUCUAUAAAGUCUUACACACCGGCUUUCAUUCUAGUCCUAGCGUUUACCUUGAUCGACCUGCUAUGCUGCUCGAAACUGGAACUGCCUAUUAUGUCACGGUCCGACAACAUAAUUGGGGACGUCUUCAAAUUAGUACGCAUGACACCGAUAGCUGUGUUCCUGUGUUUUGCCACUCUCGCUGGCAUCCUCGACAGUUUUCUGAUCUACUUUCUAUUCUGGUACAUCGAAGAUCUAGCGAUAGCAACUAAUUACAUGAACGAAAUCAAAUUGAUUGAAGGUCUGAUCGUUGCAGCGGAGACCCUGGGUGGAGAGGUUAUAUUCUUCACGUUCUCUGGGAAGAUUCUGAAGAAGUUGGGCUACGGUUACUGCUUCGCUCUGUGUUUUGUGUGCUAUGCUGUGAGGCUCGGUCUCAUUUCUUUGGCCCCGACACCCUGGUGGGUGGUUCCCAUUGAGUUCUUUAUGCAAGGACCUACGUAUGCAUUAUGCUACACGACAAUUGUCGCUUAUGCCAGUGCGAUCUCUCCUCCUGGCACAUCGGCUACUGUCCAAGGCAUCGUUGCUGGAAUGGAUGAUGGGUUUGGCUUCGCAGUGGGCAGUUUCAUCGGUGGGAUUUUGUACAAAGACGUGGGCGGUGUAAAGACGUUACGGAUAUUCUCCUCGAUCGCCAUUAUAUCGGCCUUCACGUAUUUAUUGCUGUACACGACGUACUUAAAGCGUUCCAUGCCGAAAACUCGUAAGAACGGUUUAUUACUUUAUAACAAUGAAUUGAAAAUUCCAUUUGUAUUUGAUACUGCGAUACCAUUUAUUAUAAUUCUUACAGGCAAACCGAAAUCCAUCGAUUGCAAAAUGCCUGAAAACACAGCGGAGGAAAUGGUGGCUCUUCCAAGCACUUUAUAACACAAAGACGAAUUUAUGCAAUAAGGAGAAAUUAAUAUUACCAAAUUUUAUCAUAAGUCAGCUUUAAGGGGUCUAUGAGUGAGAGAGUGCCACGUCAAUAUAACGCCCAACACGACUUACAUUAUAACGUAUCUAGUGAUUAACUGACCGGUGUAUGUUUUUAUACGCGACUGUGUAAAUUUAAUACGAUGACAAAGACUAAUUAUUUGUAAGCGACCAGAAGAAUUAUAAAGAUGUAUGUUAACUUUUUCA